AUGGCGACUCUCUCGGGCUCUCCUGGGAAAGCAGGCCUGAUCAAUUCUAGGAUGCAAGAGUACAUGAAGAACUUGAAUAAAGAUUCACAGCCAGUCCUAAAACAAAUAUCGCCAUCGAAAAUGAACUCGAAUUCUAAUUUGAAUGGGAUCCUAGAGGGUAAAAAACCAUCUCCGAUGAGCUCACCAAGUCGUUUUAUGGGCAAAGAAAACUCUCCAACCAAGCCAUUACAGUUUAAGACAUCUGAUAAAGAUGUAGCCAGCCACAAUUCUAGUCCAUUUCUCAGUCCAAGCUCGUCUAAGUUAUCACCAAAGGAUCGCGAUUACCAGGAAUUUUUGAUCAGGGUUGAGGAAGCAAAACGGUGGAUAGAGGCUAUCAUUGAAGAAUCACUGCCCUCGGCAAUUGACAUGGCUACAACUAAAUGCAUGAGUGAUGGUGUUUACUUAGCACAAUUGGUUGCUAAAGUUAAACCCGAGCUCGUUAAAAAGAUCAUUCCACCUGGUAAUAAGCUUAUGUAUGCACACACCCAAAACAUCAAUGCUUUUCUUGAUCUGGUUGAUUAUGUCAAUGUUCCAGAUCUAUUUAGGUUUGAACUUAAUGACUUGUACGAUAGAAAGAACAUUCCAAAAGUCUUUGAGACUAUCCAUGCUACUGCCAGUAUAUUGGGGACCCAAUACGGUUCAGUUAUUCCUCCAAUGCAGAAUUUAAGUGGUCAAGUAAAUAUCUCGAUGGAAGAUGUUAAAACAUGUCAAAGGAAGCUGCCAGGUGUACGUGCUUUCAGAUCUUUCAAUGAGUUCACAUCAAGACCUUCUUCUCCAAAGAAAAGCUCUCCACAGAAGGGUUUGUUGGAUUCGGCAGUUCCUCUCACUCCUACCAAACCCUCCAAACCCCAAAAAUCGAUAGAGAUUCAAGAACCCAUUGAGUUGAAGUCACCUCCUAAAACUCCAAAUAGAUACCCUUCUGCUAUUGUACAUGAUAUCCAGGACUUUUCAUUAAAAGAUAUCGAGACCAAAACACCACAUUUGUCUUACGACUCAUUAUCUAGCCCCCAAAGAUUGACAUACAGCCCCGAUAGAACGUUUUCUUAUUAUUCACCAGGUGUUUCAAGACAACUAUCUUACCGGACCGAAGAUAUUGGUUAUUUCAACAGAAGAAGACAUCAAUGGGAUUAUGACUUCGAUUACUAUGAUACUUACAGAUAUAGCAGCUCGCAGUACUCGCCAAAACGUAAAGAAAGAAUGACCGAGGUUGAAUUUCUAGAUACAUUGACACAUCUACAAGCAGUAUUGAGAGGAUUGAACACCAGAUAUGAUAUUCAUCUGAAAAAACUUACGCUAAAACACAAGGCAACUAAUUUCCCAGAGUUUCAAGCACAUUGUAAAGCAGUAGCCGUAAGGAAAGCUUUCGAAACUUUAAAAACCAAAUAUCAACCUGAUGAAUCCUUACCAGGACUACAGGCAAUACUACGAGGUACCGUCAUAAGAAAUGAAUUAUAUCAAUUCAGAUUGAGAAUAAUCAAGAAAGAACAACUUCUCUGGAAGUUACGCUCGCAUCUAAGAGGAGUUGCCCAGAGAAAGCUAACUAAGAAUAAACUACAGUAUAGAGAAGCCCAUGGGAAUAAUAUUACUUCUCUACAAGCCAUUAUCAGGGCAAUUAUCAAGAGGCGAGAAGUAACUGCAUAUUCAAGUUUUGUAAACAGACAUUCAAAAGAGGUCAUAAAAUUACAGGCUAUUUCUCGCGGUAAAGUUAUGAGAUUAAAUAUGAUCCAAGCUCAAGGUAGUACUUUACAGAUACAGUUACAAGCACUGUUGAGAGCUGUUGUACAAAGAAAUAAAAUUAAAACAUACGCUGCUGUUAGAGAAAGUACUGGAUUCCAGCGGUUUGGUCCAAUUUUGAAAGGCUAUCUGGUGUCUAACAGGUAUACUGUCGCUCCAACGAAGGUCACUAAUGAAGUUGUUACUUUUAACGCUAUUAUAAAGGGUAUGCUCACAAGAUUUGCAAUGGAAUUGCUAAUUGAUAUAGUUGAAAAUAAUGGAGCUUAUGAAUUUCAAGCAAAUGUCAGAGGAUAUCUGGUUAGAAAGCACUUAGCGGACAAGAUGAAUUUCUACGAACAGAACAAAAAAGCAGUGAUUUUAAUUCAAAAGAAUAUUAAAAGAUAUCAAGUUGAAAGAGCUUAUAAGGAGUUAAUUUCUGCUACUUGUCCUAGCUUGAGUUCAGUCAGAAGGUUUGUUCAUAUUUUGAAUCAAUCAGACACAGAAGUCUUCUCAAUGCAGCUGCAAAAACUAAAAUCCAAGAUAAAUGAUAUUAAUGAAGAGAUUGGUGAAGUUGAAUCAUCAUUACAACAGAAAACUUUGCAAAAAGAUUGCCUGGAGAGUAGGGGAAUUGAUGUGUCAAAGUUCCUCACUAUUGCAGGGCGCCAACAGCUCGAAUUACAUUUCCAAUCUGUCAAUACUGAAGGAGUUUCCAAGAAAUUACAAAGCGUGUAUGGAAAAGUAGGGUUCCUAUUGCAAGUCGAUAGUUAUUACUGGAAAAUGCUUUCAAAAAAGGAUCCAAACUUCUGUUUGUCUAAUAUCCCUAAGAUAUAUGCACCAAUUCGUGGUAAUAUCAACGAGAGAGAAAAUUCUCUUUACGUUAAAGUUAUUGGUGAUCUGAUGUCAGAAGAUAUUGAUGAAUCCCCAACUUUAGAUGCAUUUCUCACUGAAGAGAAUAGUUUCUGGGGUAAAGCACUUCAAGAAUACCUAAUUAAUUUCAGGAAUAAAGAAGUUCAGUUAGCAUUCUCACAGCUAUACAAAUAUCUUGAUUCCGAAAUGGUAGAUUUUGAAAGUGAUCCAUCAAUAUUAUAUAGCAAGCUACAUCCUUCACAGCCACCUCAAAGUCCUCAAUUUGCGAUUGAAGAUCCACAAACUAAUAGUCAAUUCAUAAAGAAUAUGACAUCUCUGUGGGCAGCAGUAGACAUGACCUGCGCCAUCAUUCAAAAUCUUUCAUCAACAAGGAAUGAAUUGAGGUAUCUAGCUACUAAAGUGUGUCGAUUGGCAGCCAAUAAAGAUUCGCACGAGAAAUCCACUUUACAGGCAAUUUCCAAAUUAUUGAUAGAUAUUGUUGCAUCUACAGUGCUACUUCAGAGGGAAAACUUUGGAUCUGUAGCUCCAGGGCCUGGAUAUUAUAAAAAGGCUCAGAUAUUAUUAGAUACAUUAAAUGUUGCUUUUGGCUUCAGAGAAUUUGAAGGCUAUUUCUCUCCACUUAACCAAUAUUCAACUCAUUCGGAAGAUCAAUUCACGGAAACUUUAAAGGGACUACUGGUUGAUCCUGAGGAGGUGAAUGAGUAUGAAACCAUUGUUUAUAGAGAUAUGGCUGACAGUGUGAAACCCACGAUGAUGGUGUAUCAUCAGACUUUUAUCAAGAUUAUUGAAAAGUUAAGAUCAGUUAAGGAAGAGCUUCCACAUGACGAUCCAAUGGUUUUGCUAUUGGAUGAGAUUCGGCAGGAGUUUGACAAAACAUCAGUGAAUGGCCAUACUCAAUUGACAAUUAAUUUAGAUCCAUCAGUGUUCAAGGUAACUUUGAAUAACGGGAGAACUGAUUUGAUUUACAAAGAAGCCAAGCAAGGUAUUUGUUAUUUAAUGCAAGUCGAAGAAGUCAACACAAACCUAACUGAUCUUCUCGUUAGCGAGAUCCUUCCCGAGGAUGAGAUAGCUUUUGAAAGUCUUCUUGCAGAGAAUCCUAACAUUGCAAACACAUUAUCUGAUGACACAGGUACCAUAUCUUACACAGAAUUUAAGAAAUCACUUCUAUACAGAGUCAAGGAACUUGCGGCUCUAGGUAUACUUCAAAAAGAAAACAAUUAUCAAUUCAUUUUGGUAGAUAUCGCCAACACUAUCAAAACGAGACCGAGAAUUGAGGAACUAAAUUGUAAAGAAAUGAAGUUAAUGACAGCUGUUUAUAAUGCACUUACAGAAAAACAGAGGAACUUGAUAUUACUGGUUGAUGCAUUAGAUAAAGCUACCCGCAAAGCGAUUGAAGCAAUCCAGGCUCAACGUUCAUAUACUCCGCUCAAAAAAAGUGGGCUAGGUAACAAAUUAAAGGAUGCAUACCACAAGACUCAAAAGAAAAACACUGAUAGUAAUAGCGGAAUUUCUUACAAGUGGAGUAGCAAACAGUUGUUUGACCAAGGUAUUUUGGUAAGAACAUCUGGUUCAAGUCUUCAAAGCUCUUCUGUGAAUUUCUUUGGAUCUACUGGUCCAAAGGCACCUGCAAUUGACUUUAAAAUUUCAACAACUGAUGGAGAAGUAUUCGGUAUAGAAAUGAUAGACAUUAAAAACAGAACUCUGGAUAUGCAUGCAGUAGUGAGGUUCACAGAUUUAAUUGCCAAAGAAUCAAUUGAUUCAAAGGCUACUAUCUCUCUGUUUGAGAAAAAGAACAAAACCGUAAUGAGAGUGAGUAAAUUGUUAGAUUUACUUGUUCACUCAUUCUUCAGGUAA